ACUGAGCAAGCGGGCGGCAGUGUAUAGAAUAAACAGCGUAUCUGUAAACUGCUUAUCGGAAAACUCCAGGAAACAAAAACAUUAUGCAAGGGAAAAUGUUUUUUGAGGUGGUUCUUCUUAUAGCAGUGGCGGCCAGAUCGGGUGAGAGUGCCGCUGUCAAACCAUGUGACUUUGUGUGUCCACUCUCCCUGCUACCGGUUUGUGGUAGUGACGGAGAAACCUAUGACAGCAAAUGUGAUCUAAGGAUGGCAAACUGCAGAAGAAAGGGUCUGACUGAGGUCACAGUGGUUAACGAGGGACCCUGUGGUAAGAACUGCACACAAAAAAUGCCGUUCCGUACAAUUCGGCCAAGCCGUGUGAGUUCGUGUGUCCCCUGUCCCCUUAAUCCAGUCUGCGGUACUGACGGACAAACCUACGACAGCGAGUGUGACCUUAAGAGAUCGGCUUGUCUGCGGAAGAGCUUGGUGAAACCAACAAAGGCCUACGAUGGACCAUGUCAGUCUGCAAAGCCGUGUGAAUUCGUGUGUCCCCUUUCCCUCAGUCCGGUUUGUGGUACUGACGGACAGACCUACGACAGCGAAUGUGACCUUAAGAAAUCUGCUUGCCUGAGGAGGAGCUUAGUGAAACCAACCAAGGCUUAUGAUGGGCCAUGUCAGUCUGAAAAGCCGUGUGAGUUCGUGUGUCCCCUGUCCCUGAGUCCUGUCUGUGGUAGUGACGGACAGACCUACGACAGCGAGUGUGACCUGAGAAAAUCGUCAUGUCUGCGAAAGAGUUUGGAGAAAGUAAACAGUGGCUCACGACGGUCCAUGCGGCCAAAGAAGGCCGUGCCCCUGGGAAAGAAAAAGCCGUGCAAGUUCGCCUGCCCCCUGUCCUUGAUUCCCGUAUGCGGUACGGACGGAAGGACCUACCCUAGCGAAUGUGACCUUCGAAAGGCUGCUUGCAAGUAA